AUGCUUGUCAAGACUCUCGUCGCAGCUGCAACUCUCGCCACCGCCGUCCAGGCCCAUUACUCAAUUGAAUACCCCACAUGGAGAGCCGAUUCCUUCGAGGAGCCGUAUGACCAAUGGCUAAGACCUUGCGCCGGUGCUAACACCACUCAAAACCGUACCGUCUGGCCUCUUGAUGGCGGUUCCAUCGUAUUGGGACUUCACCACGCAUUCGAUUACAUCUUCGUCAACCUUGGUCUCGGCACUGAAGUCGCCAGCUUCAACAUCUCCCUUACUCCUAACUUCCUCAACAAUACUGGCAAUGGUACUCUUUGUCUUCCAAAGGUUCCCAUCCCAGCAGAAAUUGAGAUCCGUGACGGUCAGGAUGCUUCUAUCCAGGUUGUUACUGUUGGAAAGACCGGUAAUGCUUUGUACAACUGUGCCGAUAUCCGAUUCUCUAAGGAUGCUAAGAUCCUCACUGGCGAUGCUUGCAUGAACACCACCAGCGGUCCAUUGAUCCAUGUUCAAGACCAGAACGCCAUUGCUGCCGCCCAGAACGAUGAUGACAAGGGUGAUGACAAGAAUGCUACUUCCGGUGAUAAGCCUUCCUCCGCCGUUCACGGAUCCUCGAUCCACGUCUUGACCUCCUCAAUUGCUGUCUUGAUGGCCAUGGUUGUUGCUUCCGGAUUACUGUAA